CAGUUUCCCCAGAAGCGGAAGUUUAGCAGCGCGUCACACGUGUUUAGUGAAACUGGUGGAAAAUGGCGAAAAACAGCAAAUUAAAGCAGAACUCAAAGUUUAAAAGUGGAGCGAAACAGAAGCAGCGUAAAUGUGUGCUGAUGUUCGAUGAUAAAGACAGACAGGAUUUCCUGACGGGUUUCCACAAGAGGAAGCUGGAACGCCGGAAAGCAGCGCUGGAGGAGAUGAGGAGCAAACUGAAGGAGGAGCAGAAGCGCGUCAGAGAGGAGAGACACAAAGAGUAUCUGAAGAUGCUGCUGGAGCGCCGCCAGGCUCUGGAUGAGGUGGACGAGCUGGAGGACGUGAUCACGGCCACGACGGAGAGCGUUCAGUACGAUCAUCCCAACCACACGGUCACCGUGACGACCAUCAGCGACCUCGACCUAUCAGCAGGCAGAAUGCUGGAUCCGCAGCGAGAGGAGCAGAACGACGAGGAGAAGACUAAAGCCCUGCCCAAGGUCGCCGGAAACCCACUGCUGUCCAAGAAGAUCCAGACCCUCACGGCGUCCCUCAACAGCCUCACUAAACAGAAGAGCAACAAAAAACGAAGGUCCAAAAAGGAAAUGAGGCGCAGAAACCGUCAGAGCGACAGGAAGUCGUCAUCAGCGCAAGACAACAAGCUCCGUCAGGGCAAAAGCACCAAAGCUCAGAGACGCCGACAAACGGGCCGGAACGAGCGUCAUCAGGACUGAUGAACGGCAGACUCGAGGAGC